AUGACAUCAGAAUCAAAAAUUUGUAUUUCUCCUGUAUUAUGUCUAAAGAAACUAAAUGGUGUUCUUAUCGAAUUUAAAGUUAAUCCAGGUAAAAAUAGAAUAGGUAGAGCAUCCUCAAACGAUAUUUAUUUAAAAGAUGAACCAACCGUUUCAAACUAUCACGCCCAAUUAGAAUUUAGUAAUAGUAAUAAGUUUCUAAUUAGAGAUUUAUUUAGCUCAAAUAAAACAUCAAUACAAUUUAAAGAGAAUGAUGAAUUAAUAACAUUAAAACCAAAUAUUGACUAUGAAAUUACAAAAAAUUCAAAAAUAGUUUUAGGUUCUGCGACAAUGAUAUUAAAUUAUAUCGAAAUAGAAACUAAAGAAAAUGUAAAUAAAAAUGCACCAACCCCAAAACCAAUUAAUAAUACCAAUACAACAAAAUUAAACCCACCCACUAUACUACCAUCCAACACUUCUUCCACCGAGAUUUUAACAAACGUGGCAGCAACAAACGAAACCCCAUCACCCAAAAUAAACACCGAAACUGAAUCACCAAUAACAUUACCAUCCAAACCAACAACAACAAAAACAACAGCAUCAGCGACUAGUUUACCAACAUCACCAAAAUUAAAUUCCAAUUCAAAACCCAAUAACAAUGUUGAAAAUAAUAGUGUACCUAUCGAUAAUAAAAGAAAAGAGCCAGAGUCCAAUAGCAAAGCAAAUGACGAAGAAAAUAUGGAUAUAGAUAAUCACAACGACCCAGAAAAAGAACUUAAAACAAAAAAAUUAAAAGUUGUAGAUGAAAAUAAAGAAAUGGAUAAAGAAAUAGAAAAAGCUCAGGAGGAAGAAGAAAUACCAUUAUCACCUUCAUUUAAACCAGAGGAAACAGUUAAAAUAAAAGAUAAUGAUGAUAAUAAUAAUAUAAAUAAUAGCAAUGAUAAAGAAUCAUCAAAAGAUAGCCAGCAAAGCAACAGCCAAGUUAGCAAUCAAAGUGGUGAAAGUAAAAAGAAAAGUAGAAAACCAAAGAGUUUAGCAGAUGAUGAAUUUGUAUCACAAAUUAUUACAUCAACACCAUCAAAAAGAAAAUCAGUAAAACCAGAAAGACUAGAGGAACAAAUUGCAAUGGGUGAAUCUUCAUCACAAACAUCAUCAUCACCAUCGACACCCUCCAAGUCAUCCACAAAGAAAUCACAAACUACAGAAACAAAAACCAGCACAACAACAGCCAAAAGAGAUAUCAAUAUUUUAUUUUCAAUGUUUUCAGAUGAAGAGGCAAAAGAAUUAGAAAAUAUAAUAUUAAAACUGGGUGGAAAUGUAGCAAAGAAUUCAGAAGAAUGCACUCAUUUAGUAGCAAAUGAAUUAAAGAGAUCAAAAAAAAUUUUAGAGUGUAUUUCAUAUGGAAAACUGAUUGUAACAUCAAAAUGGUUAAAAGACAGCAAGAAAUCAUCCAAAUGGCUAGACGAGUCAGGAUAUCACUUGGUAGAUAAAAAAGCAGAGGCCGAAUGGAGUUUCAAUUUAGAAAAAUCUUUAGAAUUAGCCAGAAGAAACCAUAGUGACGAUACUUUAAUCUUUAAGAACUUAUCAUUUUAUAUCACAAAGAACUCAAUACCACCCAGAGACUUUUUAAAAGAGCUUAUUGAAAUUAAUGGUGGCUCUUUGGAUGACAAUCUUUCAAACUCUAGCAGUAUCAUCCUUGCAAACCCAGAUAAAGAUAAAAGAUCCUUUAAGAAAUGGAACGAUAAAGGUUAUAAAAUAUCAAAAGGUGAUUUUAUUUUACUUUCAAUACUAUCUCAAAAACUAAUUUAUAUUAACUGUGAAUAA